AUGUCAGUAUGUGACGGCUGGCAUUGCCCAAUAUGUCUCGGCAGCUUCAAGUGCCCAGUACUGGCCUCCUGUUGCGGUCAAAGCUUCUGCCGUGCUUGUCUAGACGAAGCACUUCGUCAGUCUGACGCCUGUCCAAUGUGUCGCUCGCCGCUGCUCUUGGGACCGUUUUCCGUGACCUCGAACCGAGCGCUUGAGGAGGCACUGGCUGCCUUAGCUAUUGCUUCCCAAGGACGCUCUAGGAUCAAGAAACAAAUUGCAACAAACAGUGAUGACGGUGCAAAGACGCGCUCAAUUAUUGUAGUGCAAAACGUCGACUUGGAAGUGCCAACUCCAGUGCCAAAUUUCGUAGAAACGGGAAAUAGUUUAGUGUCAUUGAUUCAUGAAGAGAGAACGCGUUUUCAAUGGGUAAAUGCCUUGAGAUUGUGGCGAAUACGUGACGUAACAAAUUGUCGACGUGGAGCAGCAGGUGAAAGGAGAUGGGAGGUGAGUGAACAGUCGGCAAAACUACGACAAAAGCUACGGCAAUGGCAUUUAUGGUGCAGAGUGAAUUGGACUUCACUCCAGUGUGUCUUCUAUGUGUUUCUAUUCUUUGUUCUUGUCCUCUUUCUUCGUGUGCAAGAAGAAGAUUUUGCAGAGACAACCCGAUAUCUCCGUCGUCCGAACUAG